AUGACCAUCUUGAACAAUCUUCAAGUGGGCUCUCUCAUUCAAGGGGUCAACUAUACUCUUUGGAAGCAGAUGGUGUUUUUCGGUGUCCACAGACUUUAUCAUGUUGCUAUGCCCCCACUCCAAAAACGAAUCGACAGCCGAAACAGCGUGCAGGUAGUCUUAUUCAAUGGGAAAAUUAUGCAUGCCCCCACACAUAAUCUUUUUGGAGAAUGUUCCUCUGAAGCCGAUAUGGGGCAGUAUUGUGGACUUAGUGAUGGGCUGGCAAACAUGCCCAUAAAUACCGAUAACCCUCCUCCUCCUCCUCCUCCUCCUCAUCAUCAUCAUCAUCAUCCCUUCUCCUACUCCUCGUCUCUCCCCUCCUCUUACUCUCUCCACAGGAGCUACAGCACACGCUCCUUUUCACCACCGAUCCAUGCCCACUACAUUUCCCACCCUUCCCCUCACCACCACCAAGCGGCGGCGCAGCCCUCCUCCCCUUCGUCCUCCUCCUCCACCUCCGGCGACUACCCCGACUUCAACUCCGGCCCCUUCCGGCGCGUCUUCAGCGCCGGCGACCUCCAGGGGAUGAACGGGUCGCCGGUCCCGAGCGAGAAUUGUGGCCGGGACGGGGGAUCGGUCGCCAUGAAAGCGGCUCGUUACACCGCGGAGGAGCGGAAGGAGAGGAUCGAGCGGUACCGAAGCAAACGCCACCAACGAAAUUUCCACAAGAAAAUCACCUACGCAUGCAGAAAGACGCUGGCCGACAGCAGGCCACGAGUGAGGGGUCGAUUUGCGCGGAACGGAGAUGCGGAGACGGCGGAGGCGGUCGGGAACGGCUACGAAAGCUUUAGUUACGACAACUACGCUCAUCAGCGGCGUGAAUGCAGCAACUUCGACAGCAGCGGCGGCGGCGGCGCAGGGUGGGGUCAAAAUUCCGAGGAGGAGUGUUGUUUUCUCGAUGAAGAUCUUUGGGUUGACUUUGCUGAUGUGUUCCCUGUCAACUUCCCCUGCUAAAGUAAAGAUCACACAUAUAAUCAUAAAGUCCCGCUUGCUGUACUAUCAGUAGCACAAAAGUCUUCGUACUAUUAAGUUGUUCUUGAUGAUACGGCUUCCAAAUCGAAGAUCGACUCCGUCAAACUUGAUCUACAAUAUUAAAAAUACUGUUUUAAAAAGAAUUAUAAUUUUUCGGCAUUAUUUACAUAUCAAUCGAAUAGUAUAAAAAUAAACGGCUGAAAAUAAAAAUUU